AUGGCCGGACCCUCUGAAGAACAACUAUUCGCCAUCUCCAUCACAGAACGCACCUGCUCCGCAAUAUCACUAAUAGGAACAUUCGUCAUUGUCGCAACAUUCAUCUGCUCGCGCGCAUUCCGAAAACCAAUCAACCGUCUCGUCUUCUACGCUUCCUGGGGAAACAUCAUGGCCAACAUCGCGACCUUGAUCUCUCAAGACGGAAUCCACGCCGGGAUUGGAAGUCCCCUGUGCCAAAUCCAGGCCUUUUUGAUCCAAUGGUUCAUGCCCGCAGAUGCAUUGUGGACUUUCGCCAUGGCUUGUAACGUCUACCUAACAUUCUUCCACAAAUACAACUCCGACCAACUACGACAGAUAGAGUGGAAAUACCUCAUUUUCUGCUACGGUGUACCUCUCAUCCCGGCUUUCACGUACUUCUUUAUCAAAACGGAAGCUCUUGGCCGGCUAUGGUGCUGGGUCUCAAAACAAUGGGACUGGCUACGAAUAGCGACAUUCUACGGUCCCGUCUGGCUAGUAAUAAUUCUAACAUUCGCAAUCUACAUCCGCGCCGGCUCAGUAAUCUACCAAAAAAGACGCCAAUUCCGCCAUCUCGGCCAUUCGGAUUUUCUGGACUCAGAGAUCCAGGCCGACUCUUCUCCACUCGUCAAAAAUCGGCUCCAGACUCAUGCCCAUGUCAAUUUAGACCAGGCUUUCCAGGGUAUCCAAGUGACGAGCGAAAUCGCGUACUCGGUCCCGGACGAGCGCCCUUCUUUGACGCAGGGGCGUAGUCAUAGCGUUACCUCGAACUAUAGUCCCGGGUACUCUGUUACGAUUCAGGGAGGGAGGUCGCUCUCCGAUGAUUCAGGCUUCUUCCGGGCCGAAGAGUCAACAGAAACAGAGCCAGAAUCAGAACCAAGGGUGUCGAUUCCGUCUUCUAUUCGACCACAUUCCCAACUGGAGUCCCGUCCAUACCCGACUCCCGGCGCCCGCGUCUCGCAUCUAGAAGAUACACAUACUAUUAGCAGCCACCGACGCUCAUCGGCCGGGGAAAAUACAUCCCGAGCAGCGUGGGCUUAUACAAAGUACGCGAUGUUAUUUUUUGUCGCGUUGCUUGUGACGUGGGUUCCUUCUACGCUGAAUCGGGUGUAUGCGUUUGCGAGACCGGAUGAGUUCUCGUUUGGGUUGAAUUUUGCUUCGAGUUUUGUGUUGCCGUUGCAGGGGUUUUGGAAUAGUGUUAUCUAUGUUUCUAUUUCUUGGCCUGCGUUUUGGGGGAUUUGGAGGGGGUUUAAGUUCAAGUUCAAGUUUGGGGGCAGGGCGAGUGCGGUGGAAAUGAGAGGGAGAUAG